AGAAAAGUUAGUUACCAUUUCUAAAUAUGCUUUGAUAAUAAUCCCAAGAAAAUCCUACCCAUUUCCAGAUUAUCAUGGGUUAGUGUGAUAGUGAGAAGAAUAUGAGCCCUGGAUCCAGACAGACUGUGGCUGGAUUAUAUGCUCCUUAAUUUAUGACUGUUCACAUUUCUUACUUGCCUUCAGCCCAAUGGGAAUAAAUUAGAUGCCCUGAGAAUUUCCAGGUCAGGAGGAUAACCACAGAGAUGCACAUCAAAUGUGGAUUUUUGCCAUGCCAGAGCACACCCUGAAAGGAAGCACACCGAGGCUUGUCUGUCAUUAACAAUAUUCUUCAUCACUGGAUAGCUCAAUUAAUUUAAAAAAAUGGAGUCGGAAAAUAGAAGCAGAGCAGAUCUUGCUCUCCCAAAUCCACAAGGGCCCUCCAGAGUGUCUGAAAUUGAACUUUCAGAAGCACCUUUUCGUGAUAGCACCCUACUGGAGAAGGCUGCCCCAUCACCACGCCAGACAUGGCUGACAUUUUUGAAGAGGGAGCUGGAAUUCUUAGGGGUAACACAAAUUCUGAUUGGUUUCAUGUGUUUUUGUUUUGGAACAAUUGUCUACUCCGUGUUCAAGAUUUCAGAAUUUGAGAAAGAUUUUUUUUCAUCAUUUAAAACAGGCUACCCAUUCUGGGGAGCAGUAAUUUUUGCUAUUUCUGGAUUUUUGUCAAUUAUGUCUGAAAAGGAAAAUGCAACAUAUCUGGUGCAAGGAAGCCUGGGAGCGAAUUUGAUCAGUGGCAUAGCUGCAGGAACAGGAAUCUUUAUCCUGGUCACCAACCUAAAGAACAGCUUGGCUUAUAUCGAUAUUUGCCAGGAAGGUUAUGAGGAUGACUUCUGUAUAGCGGCCUUUUUUUCCACAGAACUUGUGGCGAUGAUCCUGUUUCUUACCAUUCUGGGGUUUGGGGCUGCUGUAUUACUCAUAGCCUACAGAAUUGGAGAACUAUUCAAAGAAAAUCAGAUUCCAGAAGAUCGUCUCUAUGAAGAAUUAAACAUAUAUUCACCAAUUUACAGUGAGUUGGAAGACAGAGUGGAGACAUCUCCCACUGACUCAUAAGAAGUACAUUCAGAACAUUCUCAUCCAUAGCAAAGGAUAUAGGAAGCCAAGAUCUUUGUUUAAGGGGAUACUGGCAAAAUUUCAGAUCUCUCUAUGAUCCACCAAUUUUACAUUGUGAUUUAUUUUCCCCAUGGUAAUAUUCUGUUUCUGUACAUCUAAGUAUCCCUCUUGCCCAAUUUGUCAAUAUGAUUGAUUUCUGUUUUUCUUGUUUUCUUCACACCCAUCUCUUCUGGGGAAUCAACAUGCAAUAAGCAUAUACUGUGUGCCUUUAACUCUGCAAAUAGGGAAAACAAGAGGAAGGCUGGUCAAGAGUUGAGUAAAAUUUUAACAGUUUUAUGUAGUUUUCAACCCUUUUUAGAAUUCACAGAAGUGAUGGGCAUGAUACACGUCUCCCACUAGUUUGUAAGCACCAUUCAGCAAACAUAUCCUGAGAACUAAUAAAGUGUUUUAAGUUUUCCACACUUGACUCUUUUACAUUGUGUAUCCUAAUAUUUCAUCCAUAGUGGGUGCUGAGUGUAUAUUUAUGGAGUGGAUGGGUGUAGAUGCAGGGAGAAUAUCCCACCAGGCCAGGCCAGAGGUAGAGUAGAUAAGGAGAAAGAAAUGAUUCUGAAGUGAAUUUGGAGGCAAUAAGGAGACCAAAUUGGUACAUAUUAAGCAUAGACUUAGAAAGAUAGUCAGAAAUUUGAAUAGAAAUUCUGUAAUUAUGUGUUAAAUAUUUUGGUGGAUUCAUAUCAGGUUAACAAUGGAUGCUUCCUGCUUAUUUUGGUCUUAUUAUAUGGAGAAACAUAUUUUGGUAUGUUAGAAAGAUCAUUGAUCUUAUGAAAUGAAGGGAGUCUACAUUGGAAUCUCAGGCUGAUUGCUUACUAGUUGAGUGAGUUGUGGCAAAUAAUUUACUCAAUAUGGGUUUUCUCAUCUGUAAAAUUAAGAUUAGGCAUAAUUUACCUGUCAGCACUAAAUGUCUGUUGUGGAAAUACACACAUACACAUAUGUGCUAUAAAUUUAAAAUGUCCUAAUAUAUAUUAUUAUAUAAAUUACCUAAUUUAUAGAUAUAUCUAAGCAAUCUCCAAAUCUUACUAAACUCCAAUGAUAUAAAACUUAAGUCUAUUUUAUCGUAAUUUCAAAAGCCUUACUCUCUGGUCCCAUUUCAACUUUCUCUUUAAUAUGGUUUGUGCUUGACCACUUCACAUCAGCACCCUGACUUGAAAUGUUCUGCUCUCUCUUCUAUACUUACUUGAAUCCCUGCUUUCUUUAAUGCCUAUCAUAAAUCCCACCUCAUUCUUUAAGAUUUUCUAGCCAGGAUUGCUCCUCUAUCAAGAUAAUGACUUUUUCAAACCAAACACACACACACACACACACACACACACACACACACACACACACACACACCUUACACUAUAUAUAACUUUCUAAAUGCAAAUAUUUUAUAUUCAUAAUACAUUUUUUUUCUAAGAUUCAAAGUUUCCUAAGAUCAGUAUAUUGUCUGAAUCAUCAGUGCAUUCAUGGACAAAAUACUCAAUAAUAUUUGCCGAUUGAUGAGUGGGCAGUGGAGAGUUUAAUGAAGUUAGUAUCUGAUGUGAUAAUAGGACAUAUCUAAGGAAGAAUUCAAAAUGAAAGAUGAGUAAAUUAAUGAAGAUCUUAGCUAAAAUGAAAUAAGUGGGCAUGGAGGGAAAUGAUCAUAUCUAAAACAUGGAGAGAAAUACUAAUCAGUCUUCUUGUUAACAAGUUGAAUAAAAGGAUAAAUUUAGACAAGCAAUUGGGAGUAAUGCAUUAAGUGUUUGAUUCUAAGAUCAAAGGAGAACACCUGGGAAUGUUGAAGGAAAUGACUGGGAGUCAGAAAUAUGCAUUAAUGGGAAGGAGUCCAGUUAGGCCUAAAUUAAGCUUCAUUUUAGGUGGCCAUUUUUAGGAGACCAAAAGAAAUGCAACUAGAAAGGGUCUGACAGCAUCCACUACAGAGCGCUGGUAAAGAGGAAAUAUGGUGAUGGAGAUUUCUGUCAUUAUACGAGAGCUCAUUAUUUGGUGAAGCAGAUUAACACUCUAAGAGAAUUAUUUUGAGAUAAAAGCGAAGCCAAGUUAACCUUCACAUGCCUAUAACCAGGGGGAGAGUGGAAGGAAAAAUAUAUCUAGGGUGGAAGAUAUAAGAAUUGUUCAGAAAAGUGCAUUGUGAAACAGUAGAUAGCGGAUAGCCCAAAGUGGAAAGUGAUUAGACAAAGAAGGAAAAAGGUAACUGAUCAGAGAUAGCAUCUGCAAGUUUGGGCAAAAGAAAAGUCUGCAGAGAUAAAUCAACUCCAGGUAAGGCAGGGAGAGGGGGGCAGAGAAAACACAAGUGGUGAAUAAAUGCAAAGGUGCAGAGGAAUUCAAAACAGGGUAUGGUGAUGAGGAAAUGAAUAAAACAUUUGCAGAGGCAUUUAAAGGGAAUUGGGGUAUAUGUGGUGUGAGAAAUAAUAGAGUGGAUUGUGAAUACAAAGUAGUGAAGAAAAAUUAGCAAAAUAAUAUUGCCAUUGAUAUUUUUAUUAUUAAGAGAAGGAAAAAGAAAUUCAAAUCUUUAGCCUAAGUAGAAAUGUCCUAUGGAGGUAUUGAAAAAUCAGUGUGGGGGUAUUAUUCACAAUUCAUUAAUAAAAUAAUUAAUUAAAUUUUAUGUGUUUAGAAUACCAAAAUUAAAAAGGGACAAUUAGAAGUGAAUUUCCCAGACUAUGAAAGUGAUCACAUAACCACACAAUGAGCGAUUGACUUGGUAUGACUAUUUAAUUUUAGGACCUCAGGUUUUCUAUUUCCAUUUUCCCCUCAAAAUUUGACAACAGAAUGAAAAUAUACCCUUUCACUGUGUAGCUUGCUAAGCUGUAUCUCCACAGGUAUUGAUCACAUCACUCCCAUGGCAUACGUAUUCAUAUCCAAACACUAAGCCUGGUCUACCAGGACCUCUUGAAAUGGAUCCAGUCUAUUGUUACACUUGUAUAAGAUUUUACAAUGCUCUUUCUCCCACUCGAUUAAUAUUUUAACCAAAUUGUUGACUGUAUAUUUUCUAUGUACACAACAUAUUUUUUGUCUCAAGACCAUUCUGAUAGUUGUCCUGUCCCUUACUGUCUUUUAUCACAUGCCCACUUCGAGUACACACUGAGUAUACAACUGCCAUGUCUUCCACCCUUUCAUUGCUCCAAAUUAUCUUUAUAAAUAUUUCAAUGUAAAGGUCAUCUUCUCUGUGAAGAUUAUCUACUGCACACCUAUUCAUACAGCCUUGAUUUCUUGCUUCAUGACCACCUUACCCCAUGAUACAGUAUGUUGUCAUUUAUUAUUUGUGUACUUGUGAUCUCCUUGAUGUAUCAAUUACCAGUAUUUCUACAAUAAAUUGGAAAAAUUUAAUUUGA